AUGGCUAGUCCUGAGGAAGUGGAGCACGGUGGUGAUAAGGCGGCAAUGUUUGUGGCUUGGGAGGAUCUCACGGUGGUGAUUCCAAACUUCGGUGAAGGACCGACAAAGAGAUUAUUGAAUGGAGUGAGUGGUUAUGGAAGAUUAGCAGGGAAUGUUGUGAUGAGUGGCAACGUUCUUGUCAAUGGCAAGAAGAGAAGGCUCGACUUCGGUGCUUCUGCUUAUGUGACACAAGAAGAUGUGUUGCUAGGAACCUUGACAGUGAGAGAAUCCAUAACUUACUCAGCUCAUCUCAGGCUCCCAUCAAAGCUGACCAGAAAAGAGAUCAGUGACAUUGUGGAAGCUACAAUCACCGAGAUGGGUCUGCAAGAUUGUUCAGACAGGGCUAUUGGAAACUGGCAUAUGCGCGGGAUAAGCGGAGGAGAGAAGAAACGGCUCAGUAUUGCGCUCGAGGUCUUAACCAAACCGAGUCUCCUCUUCCUAGACGAGCCCACGAGUGGAUUGGACAGUGCCUCGGCUUUCUUUGUGGUUCAGAUUCUCAGAAACAUCGCUAGCAAUGGCAAAACCGUGAUCUCUGCGAUUCAUCAGCCGAGUGGUGAGGUUUUCGCACUCUUUGAUGACCUGCUACUGCUCUCUGGAGGAGAAACCGUUUACUUUGGAGAUGCAAAAUCUGCAACGAAGUUCUUUGGUGAAGCGGGGUUUCCAUGUCCAAGCAGAAGGAAUCCAUCAGACCACUUUCUUCGCUGUGUCAAUUCAGAUUUCGAUGACGUCACAGCAACUAUGGUUGAAUCUCAGAGAAUCCACGAUUCUUCUUUCUCUCUUUACCAACUGCAUGAAACGUCAAACACAUUAGAUCCCCUGGAUGAUACACCAGCAUCAGAAGCUAAAACAAUACUUGUCAGAAAGUUCAAGUGUUCAGAAUAUGCAGCAGCUUCAAGAGCAAGAAUCCAAGACAUAACAUCAAUCAAGGGACUUGUCAACGAGAUGCAAAGUGGGAGUCAAACAAACUGGUGGAAACAACUCAGAGUACUUACUCAGCGAUCUCUCAUCAACAUGAGUAGAGACUUGGGGUACUACUGGAUACGGAUCGGCGUCUACGUAGUGUUAUCCAUCUGCGUCGGCUCUGUCUUCUUCAACGUCGGGAAAAACCACAAAAACGUCAUGAGUACUGCAGCUUGCGGCGGGUUCAUGGCAGGUUUCAUGACGUUUAUGUCAAUAGGAGGUUUUCAAUCCUUCAUUGAAGAAAUGAAGGUGUUUUCUCGGGAAAGGCUCAAUGGACACUAUGGGGUUGCAGUGUACACAAUGUCUAACUUACUCUCCUCGUUACCUUUCAUAAUCCUCAUGUGCGUCAGCACCACCUCCAUCACUAACUACAUGGUGAAGUUCCAACCCUCGGCUUCUCAUUUUUUCUACAACUGUCUCGACCUCAUCAGUGCCAUUGCAACCGUCGAGAGUUGCAUGAUGAUGAUAGCUUCACUGGUUCCUAACUUCUUGAUGGGAGUCAUCAUAGGAGCUGGCUACAUUGGAAUCAUGGUCUUGACGGCGGGUUUUUUCCGACUGUUCCCCGACUUACCUAUGGUGUUCUGGCGAUACCCUGUGUCCUACCUAAACUAUGGUGCGUGGGCUCUACAGGGAGCAUUCAAGAAUGAGAUGAUCGGAGUUGAGUAUGAUUCUCCAUUACCUCUGGUGCCGAAAAUGAAAGGGGAGCUCAUUCUUGAAACCGUUCUAGGCAUAAAUCCAGCAAACUCCAAGUGGUUGGAUCUAGCUGUUGUGAUGAUGAUUCUCAUUGCGUAUAGGCUUUUCUUCUUCGCCAUCCUCAAGUUCAAGGAAACGAUUUUCCCAUUGAUCCACAUGUCGUACACAAAGAGAACUCUGAGACACAUCCAGAAAAGACCUUCUUUCAGGAGAAAGACACCUUUCUCUUCCAACCGAUACCAUGUUCAGCACGCGCUCUCUUCUCAAGAAGGACUUAACUCUCCACUGCAAUAG